AUGGCCCUCUCGCUGUCAGGUGGGACCACUCCUAUGCCGACGGCCAGGGCCACCUUAUCCACUCCUCCCGCUCCACUGACUUGUGGACCCAGCCUAUGCCGACGGCCAGGCCGUUGGCAUAGGGGUGACCUUAUCCACUCGCUGUUCAUCCUCCUCCACCCAUCCUCCUCCACCCAUUCCCUCUCUAUAUCACCCCCCGCCCGCACGUCGACCCGCACCGCGCCGCCGCCUGGAUCCGCCCACGCCGCCGUCGUCUCCGCGCGGAUCAGCCCGCGCCGCCGCUCUAUCCGCCCGCCCCAGCCUCCCUCGACACAUCCCCGCGCGGCCGGCCCUCCCUCCCCCGACCUCCGUCCCCGCCCCGACCUCCGUCGACCCCUGCCCGGCGGCCACUUCGUCCCCUGCCCGACCUCCGCCGACCCCUUCCCGGCCACCGCCCCCCGCCCAGGCCACCCCGGCCCCGCGUCGGCCACCCCGUCGCUGCCUCGUCCACCCCGUCCCCGACCCGGCCGCCCUCGCCUCUGCCCCGCACGCGGCCGGCCCUUCCCCGUGCCAGGCCACCGCCGCGGCGGCCCUCCACCGCCUGCUCUGCCCCUCCCCCCGUGCCUGCCCCUCCCCCCGAGCCGGCCCUCCCCCACGGUGAGCUCCAUCCCUCCCUCUCUGUAG